AUUCCAAUCCAGUUCCAGAUCCGCUUGUUGCUUGUUCUUGAUCCUGCAGAGCAGAGUUGAGUUGUUGACAUUUUUGGCGACUGUUCAUCAUUUUUUUAUCAUUUCUGCCGGUUUUUCCUCACCCACCUUGUUCGCAAAGCCAAAAAUAAUUUUUAGGACACAUAAAGGCAACGAAAGAAAUCAGAAACGAUUCAAGAUGAGCAAGCGGCAGAGCCAGAGCCCAAAGAAAACAAAUUACAGCCAGAUUGGUCAGUCCAUGGCAUCUGCCUGGGGUGAUAAGUUGGAAAGAGGCGCCGACCUCGAAAAUUUCAUCAAGAGGCAAACUGUUUCACACAAGACCAAGAAACUGGGGAACAUGAAUGUUUUGGUGAACACUCUUGAUUAUCAGCUGGACGUUGCAGAGAAGCACAUCUUCUUCACCCAAGUGUUCCCGCAAGUGGUGAAUGUGGCCAGGUUCAUCACUUCCGGACCUCUGUGUGGUCUUCUGGACAAAUUCAACACCCAGACAAGUGAACUGCAGUUGACGAGAAUGGAGGUGGCUUGCAUCCUGUCCAAUGCUUUUCUCUGCACCUUUCCUGACACAUCUGAAAUCAAUUUUACAGAGUUGUACAGUUGCCGUAAUGGCAAUGACCGAUCUAGAGUGGAAAUGAUCAAGUGCAUCAUCACCUACUUCAACUCAAUCUUUGUCAACUUUGACCAGACCUUUUUUCAGGAAACAGUUACUUUCAAGAAAAGUACGAUCGAGAAUGCACCUGACUGGUUUGGCUCUGAAAAGCCCAUCAUUCCAUUCAGCAUUGUCCCCAAAGGCAGCAUCUCUCAGGCCUACAACAUGGCCCAGGUCAACUUUGCCAACAAGUGCAUCGGAGGAGGCGUCUUGGAAGGACUAUGUCUCCGGGAGGAGAUCUGGUUCAUCACCUGUCCAGAACUGAUUGCCUCUAAGCUUUUUGUCAAAGAAAUGGCAGACAAUGAGGCCAUCAUCGUCGAGGGUGUCCUGCAGUACGCGGACUUUGAUGGCACCGACGCUCAAAGCUUCACAUGCAAGGGACCCAAGUCGAAAGACUCGAUUCGAGGGCCUCACACUGUCAUCUCAAUGGACGCUCUCAACUUUUCAUCUGGAUGUCCCAAUGUGACUGAGCAGUUUGCAAAGAAAAACGUUGAUAGGGAACUGAACAAGGCCUAUGCUGGUUUUUCGGGAACCAAACUUGGCACCAUUGCGACUGGAAACUGGGGCAGUGGCUGUUACAUGGGAAACACUAUUUUGAAGGCCAAAAUUCAGAUGAUUGCUGCUUCUGAAGCUAAGAAAGCUCUGUUUUACUAUUCCUUCUACAAUGAUGAUGUUGUUGAGAAAUUGGAGGAGAAAAUUUUGCAGAAACUUGAAGAUGAGAACCAGUCAGUUGGUGAAGCCUACAGACAGCUCCUUACUUGGUGCCAAUCUCAGGAGAAGAAAAUAUGUUACAAAUAAGUCUAAACAGGACUGAGAAACUGCAAAGGAGAGGGUUCCUUCUUCCCACUGCGCCGUCGUGUGCCGGCGCACAUGGCAUAGAGCACUGGCCGCGCGCUUCUUCCGCUCAGUCAGUCAAUGUGACUGAACUGUGGCGGUCAGGCGGCAACACCCGGAGGACUG